UGCUACAGAAUUACUCACUUAAUAUUAAGUACACUUUAAACCACCAGAAGAACUCAGUGGACUAAACUAGUAAUUGUCUGCCAGCCAGAUGCUCGGUUGGCAGCCGAAGAGGAGGUGAAACAUUUGAAGGAGCUACACGAAGAGGCAGAGAGGGAGAGAAGAGUGCAGCUUGAGAAGGCGCAUCUCAGAGGAAGUCAUGCCUUGAAGAAGGUCCAUUUGGCUCAGGAUAGGGAAAGGCUACUGAAGGAACUAGAACAAAUGCAGAGAAUGGAUCGAAUGCGUAGAAGACAGAUGGUAGCACAGAUGCCACCUCAACUUUUUGUACCUGGAUACAAACGCAUGGAAAUGAAAGAAGAAUGGCAGAGAGAAUUGGAGUUUGCCUUUGAAGAUAUGUACAGUGAGAACAGAAAAAUGAAAGGAGACUUGAUUUUGCAGUUCGAACCGCAGCCUUUGCCAUCCCCUUCUGAUAGACCUCAAGAUAACGAUCUUGAUCUCUCUUUGGAGCAAGAAUCUGUUUGUGACACUCAACAAGAAUUGGGACAGAUGGUGGAGGAGGAUAUCCCUGCUGAAUCAGAAAGUCAUAAAGAGGUAAAGACUCAUCAACCUCAAUCAAAACUUGCCUUGAAGAAAUUGCUGAACAAGAUUAGAAACCAAAAAGAGGAGUGGAUAUCAAAAAGUGAGAAAGAGUUUCCAAGCAACAUUGAAACUACUGAAUCAGGCACUACUGCUGACAAAGAGACACAGCAGGUUGAUUUGGAUCUGAAUGAUGAGCAACACAAAAAUUCUGAAUGUGAAGCCAAAGAGUCUGAGGAGCUGUUGGAACAUAGAGUUGCACUUGAAAAUUCAGUUCUAAUCCAUCCUCAAGAACAAGCAGCUAAAAUUAGAAUGGAAAAUGAGAGACAGCAGUGGGUAAGUGUGAGUGAAUAUACUUUUUGUCUCGGUUAUGAUGUAAAAAAAAGUGAUUUAUAGAAGGUAAUAAAGGUGAUAAAAUGCUUCAGGUUAUAAAGCUGCAACAGACACUUUCAGCAUACUGUUAACAUUUUAAAGGAACUUUUACUGCAGCAUUAUCUAUACUUGGCCUUUGUGUGGUGACUUUUAUAACAAUUAGCAAACGCUAGCUGGAAUAUACAAUAGUGUGGAGAAAAAUUCUUUUGUAAAAUUUAACAGCUACUGCAGGCAAAGGAUUCUAUGCCAUGAUUAAGUAAGAAUUUCAGUUGUCAGGUAGUACCGUUUUGGCUUAAGGAGAAGGUCAUCACCAGUAUAGAACUCUGAAGAUUCUACUAACCCUGUUUAAUCGUAUCUGAAAGUCUCUAGGAUUGCAUAGAGUGACAGAAAAAGCUUGCAAACCUUGAGUAUUUUGUCUCCCAGUUCAUAAAAUGAAAUGCAGAAUGUCUUCUGUUAUCUAUACGAACACUUGCUGUAUUUACUGGAUAACUUUGUUAAUGAUAUGUGCAUUAUGUGUCUAUAUUAUACGUAUUUAAUUAUAUUUUCAUUGUAUCUUAGGUAAAGACCUGCCAGCUGCUACGUAGUGGUUUAUCAAUUU